CGCCGCAGGGAGGAAGACGGGCGCGCGCACUGAACGCUGGUCUCGUUCUUUGAGAAGCUGAAAAAACCACCGACGCUACGCGCGCUUUCCAACACAGACAGCGGCGGUACUAGCGCUCGAAUAAACCAGGAGGAUAGUUGAUGCGCGAGACCUAGGCAAGCCACGUAGUGGUGGCUUGUAAACUGUAACAGCAGUGGCCUCGGACUGUCUAGCCUCAAACCAGAGUCAUUUAUAAACGUCUGCUCAUGCAUCCGAUUACAAACUAUUCGCAAGCACGAAGGACGCACGCCAAAGAGCUGUUUGUCCGAAGAAAAUAAAGAACGGUGUUCUUUUAUCAGAUCCUUCCUUACUAAACUUGAGGCGUACGACAUGAGGGAGAGGGCGCUCGAGUCUCGGGUAGUUUCUGGCUGCAGGGUGCUGAUUUGAAACGGCGGGUAGUGACUGCAAGAUCUGAGCCCUGAAUCCAGUCGCUGUCAACGUGCAGACGGAGAAGAGGUUGCUUUUGUGUCUUAUACAGUAGAGAUUGCAGAAGAUUGAAAUGCGCUUGAGACCUAAACUUGGAUCUAAAGCAAAGAUAAAUUAGUAUUUAAAAACUGUUUACAAAGCGAGAUAAAGUCUUUGUGUGACCUCCAUUUUUUAUGUUUCAUGCCUUAGUAAAAGUCAUGGAGGGUCUGUUUGGGCUUGGCUAAAGUCCCAUUUCUACUUUUUUUUUUAGUUUGCAUACUCUUCUCUUCCACCUUUAGUUUCUUUCGCCCUCCUCUCGUUCUAUGGGGAGGAGGGGUUAGUUGCCCCCUGUAUCUCCUUGGCAGGAUAUUGUGGUUUUCCUUAAACAUAAAGAGAAAAACAGUCAGAUUUAACGUUGCGGAUAAAGCUUACUGAGGAGGUGUCAGGCCCACAGAAGAUGUCUCAAGGGGAGGGACAAAUCACUCAACCCUCUCAAACCUUCUUCAACAACACCUCGACUCCAGAUGCUGAGCUAUCUGCCAAGCUUUACAAACGAGAAGUUGCGGCCAAACCGUAUUCUGUGGUCAUCGACAACGCGAUGGCUAUUAGACCCGAACCACAGAUGCCCUCCGAGCUAAAUCCUCACCCUGCCCUGACUCAGCAGUUUUACAGGGAAGGCUCCGGCACGUCCGCAUCCAAGGGGGUGUCAUCCAUGAGCAGGAACGGGGGGACGUCGGAAGAUUCGGAAGGUGAAGAUGGAGCCGGGGCGGAGGGCGAAAUUAAACCAGGGCAGAUCAUCGUGGAGGUCAACCUGAAUAACCAGACCUUGCACGUGUCGAAAGGAGACGACACGGCGAGUCCUGACGCCGCAGGCGAUGACAAAAGCAAUAGUGAGGACGAAGAAGAGGAAGACGAGGAAGAAGAUGAUGAUGAUGAUAGCGUGGAAGAUGAAGAGAGUGAAGAGGAAUCUCUGGAUGAGGAGGAUGAGGAUGAAGAUGAGGAAGAGGAGAACAACAAUCGACGAACGAGAGCACAGCGGGCAAACCGGGGUCGAGCCGCAGCCCAGCCACAGCGUAAGAGCCGCCGCGUAACCGCGUCAUCAAAAGUAAGUGUAACUACGUCGAACGCCGGCAUGACGACAAGGGGGCGAAGGAAGAAUGCAGAGGCUCCGUCCCGAAGGCGUAGACCUGCCAAGCAAGCCAAAGUCUCUCCAUCUUCUGCCUCAGGAGCAACAGGAGGAGGACCCAAGGGAGAAAUUGAGGAAAAAGAGACGUUAACGUGUGAGAAAUGCCCACGUGUGUUCACUUCUCGCUGGUACCUGGAGAAACACAUGAAUGUCACGCACAGACGCAUGCAGAUCUGCGACAAGUGUGGGAAGAAGUUUGUGCUGGAAAGUGAACUUGCCCUGCAUCAGCAGACGGACUGUGAGAAGAACAUACAGUGUGUGUCGUGUAACAAAUCUUUUAAGAAGCUGUGGUCCCUCCAUGAGCAUAUUAAGAUUGUCCAUGGCUUUGCCGAAAAGAAAUUUGCCUGUGAGAUUUGUGAGAAGAAAUUCUACACCAUGGCCCAUGUCCGCAAGCACAUGGUCGCUCACACAAAGGACAUGCCAUUUACCUGUGAAACGUGUGGAAAGUCUUUUAAACGCAGCAUGUCUCUGAAAGUGCAUUCACUCCAGCAUUCAGGAGAAAAGCCCUUCCGUUGUGAGAACUGCGAUGAGAGGUUCCAGUAUAAAUACCAACUGCGGUCUCAUAUGAGCAUUCACAUAGGACACAAGCAGUUUAUGUGCCAAUGGUGCGGCAAAGACUUCAACAUGAAGCAGUAUUUUGAUGAGCACAUGAAGACGCACACAGGUGAGAAGCCAUUCAUCUGUGAAAUCUGCGGAAAAAGUUUCACCAGUCGCCCGAAUAUGAAGCGUCACCGGCGCACCCACACAGGAGAAAAGCCGUACCCUUGUGAAAUCUGUGGCCAGCGCUUUCGCUUUUCCAACAUGCUCAAAGCGCACAAGGAGAAGUGCUUUCGGGUCACGAGCCCGGUGACCCUUCAGCCCGCCACCAUGGCUGUUCCGAUUCACCUUACAGGCCACACCCCUUCUUUGUCAGGCCACACCCCCAGCCCGCCGCACCCCACUCAGCCGACGCCUUCCAUCGCACCAGUAGGUCCUGGAAUGAUCAGCCCCGCCACUGGGCUCCUGCCACAAAGAGCGCUCGCCACACACGGCUUAUCUAAUUUGCACAUGCAGACCGUGCAACAUCACACACUGCACGGUCACACAGGACACGCCCCCAUGACGAGUCACACCCCUCAGCACAUUGCAGUGCAGUCUUCUGUCCUGCCCCCUCCCCCUGCCCUUUUUAAGAGCGAGCCAAUAAACCACUGCGCACACGAGGACGCAUACCUGCGACAGGGCGCCGCUCAGCAACACCACUAAAACAUCUAGCAGUGGAGAAAAUGUUUCUGCAUUAUUUGUCUUAUUCAAACAAAAAGAGACGAGAGAAAUGAAUUUUUGGUGGUUUGUAAGGGAUUUCGAAAAAACUGAUGACUGUAAACAUACUUGCCACUAGCACUCGUGACCAAACUGGAUUGUUAGACGAAUGAACUCCGUGAACUUGAAAGUUACAACACAUCAACUUCCCAAUGCAUUACCCUGACUCAUCUUAAACUCUAGUUGUGUAUCACAAUGAUCAAAAUGACGUGUCAUAGAAAGGCACAAACAUCUUAUAUCUCUGUCUCUCUUAUCAAGCUGCUGUUGCAAAGGUUACGGGUUCAAACAUUCACAAAGGUCUACAUUUCAAAUAAUCACUUUUACAAAAUGCAGUAUAACCUCUUUAGAAAUGCAGGUCUUCCCACAGAAAACAUUCAACGAAAUGAUUUACUGACAAACGUAUUUGUAUGCAGCACUUAAGCAAAACUCAGUGUAGUCAAUUCGACUGAAACGUUUCUGUCGCCCGUUCGUGGUCCUCGUUGACCGUUUUAUUAUAAUAUCAGAGUUUCUUUCUUUCAGGACAGUGCCUGUAGCUCUCUGGCACGUUCGGUCGGAGGUUGAGACUGUUAAGAAAGACUAAUGCUGUGAUGUAUCAUAGGAAGACUGCAACUAAAGCGAAAAAGCCGACGUUUAACUGUUUUACUGUAUGUGCUAUAUAUAUAUAUGAUCUAACUCACUUAACCAAUAUUUUUAUUUGUAUAAUGUAGAUAAACUUACUCUGUGAGGAUUUUUAAAAAGGAAAUCGGAUUUGUAUGUUGAUGUGCGAGUGUGUACGUUUGCGAGAGUUUGUGUGAUGGGUUGGAAGAAAUGGAAAAUUGGUGCAUUUCUAAUCGAAAUCAACAGAAUGUAUUACAGGACUGUGGGUGUGCGUGCGUGCGUGUGUGUCUUUGUGGUGCUGGUAUCAAAAGCUGCUUUUUAGUUGCUCUCUUUUCCAGGUACAUGAUUCUUUAUCGUGCACAUUAUUGAACGUGUGCAUAAAAAUGGUUUGGUUGGGUGUAAAACAGUCAUGUUUGAAGCGGCACAGAUUGUGUGAUUUUGUUCGUUCUUUCGUUAGACUGUCCUCUGCACUUUACUGCCAAGUUAAAAGUUUGCGCAACUGACAAAGAAUCAUCACAUGUCAAGCAUGUGAACCGAUGGCUGGCGGUUGGAAAACGGGGAGAAUCAGACGGAUUGAGAAGGAUGGAGUGGGAUCAAUUGAAAUGUCAUACAUGUGUCUGAUUCUCUCCUUUCUCCAUCAGUAGAUGGAAUGCACUUUCUGAUCAAAUCUUGCUAGAUAAGUGAAAUACACAGAUUAUAAUAAUGUUUAUGUUUUAAAACAAGUAGACUGUCUUUUCUCAGCUAGUUUGUGUCAGCAAACGUCUGACCUUCAUUUUCUGUUUGUCUGUUUUUGAGAGACCACGAUGGAUUUGCAUUAAUGUUGGAACCUUUUUUAUAUAAUGUUCAUUUAACACACUUUCUGCUAACCUUAAAGAAGUAAAAAGAGAAAUGAAAUAGCAAUGAGUACUGCCUACUUAUUAGACACAAAAUAUACUUUUUUAUGUGUGUGAGCAUGCAUGUGUGUUGGAAAGAGAGAGCGACUGAGCAAUAAAGAGUAAGAUUGCAUAAUGGCAAAAA